GGCUCCACCCGCCAUUGUAUGCCUGUAGUCUGAUAUGGAGCAUGCCUUUACCCCGUUGGAACCCCUUCUUCCCACCAGGAAGUUGAAAUACUGCCUUGUGGUUCUGAAUCAGCCUCUGGACAAAUGUGUUCGUCAUCUUUGGAGCAAAGCCCUUUUGAGAGCCUGUGCUGAUGGAGGUGCCAACCAUUUAUAUGAUACCAUGGAAGGAGAGAGGGAAAGCUUUUUGCCUGAAUUCAUCAGUGGAGACUUUGAUUCUAUUAGGCCUGAAGUUAAAGAAUAUUAUGCUGUCAAGGGAUGUGAGAUUAUUUCAACACCUGACCAAAACCAUACUGACUUCACCAAGUGUCUUGAACUUCUCCAAAAAAAGAUAGAAGAAAAACACCUACAGGUAGAUGUAAUCAUGACCUUGGGAGGUCUUGGUGGGCGUUUUGACCAGUUUAUGGCUUUUGUGAGCACCCUCUUCCAAGCUACUUGCAUCAUUCCUGUGCCAAUUAUAAUAAUCCAAGAGGAAUCUCUCAUCUACCUGCUUCAACCAGGAAAUCACAAAAUGCAUGUAGAUACCGGAAUGGAAGGUGAUUGGUGUGGCCUUAUUCCUGUUGGACAGUCUUGCAAUCAUGUUACGACAACAGGCCUAAAGUGGAACCUCACAAAGAACAUGCUUGGCUUUGGAACACUGGUCAGUACUUCCAAUACCUAUGAUGGGUCUGGUGUCGUGACUGUAGAAAUGGACCACCCGCUCCUCUGGACCAUGGCCAUCAAAAACUAA